UGUCUGGGUGCAAUUUGCAUUGUGCACCAGUUGCAAAUCAGCCUUUUGCCUCCGCAGACGUCUCGCUUUUCCUCCGACAUGGGCUCCAAGUACUUUUUCUUCCGCCUCAACGCCGCCCAGGCUACGAUUGUGGUCGGGAUUUUCGAAGUGAUUUCGAUUCUCCAAGCUCUACUUGGUCUCGGAUUUUGUCUCAGUUUCCUUUCCUUUGGUGAGCAUGAAAUUGAGCAUGAACUUCAAGAGGAGAAGAAUAUGGAAUUUUGGAAAAACCUCCACUCCUACUCUGACCUUUGGAGCCAUUUCUUGUGGACGUCCACAAUUUUCUAUGGUUUCUGCCUGAUCUUCCCUUCUCUGCUCAUCGUCGGAGUUCUCAAGGAAAACACCUUUUACACUUUGCCUUGGGUCAUCGUCAGUUGGCUCCGAGCUUUUCUGGGAAUUCUCCUCUACGUCCCCAUGUUCCUCCUCUCAUUCAGUGGCCUGGUGCUUUUCUUCUACUUCUCCUUCGUCACCAUCGGAUAUGCCUUCGUCAUUUACAGCCUGCACGUGGUCAACGAGUACCACGCCCAGUGCAAAAGGUCUUCCAGCUCAGACGCCGAGAGUGUGGUUUAUCAUAACUUUUGACGAGGACCUCCUCUCCUUGCCUAAGCUCUACGAGCUUUGAAAACUCAAUUCUUCUUUAUAAUGUUUGCAACUCAUUUCUUUUGUAAAUAAACAAAUUACUCUAUCAAA